AUGGCAAAACAGCCUCUCGCAAACCGUGUUUGGACACUUGCAAAGCACCCUCAAUUCUUUUGGUGGUGUGGACAUUGUAUUGUGCUUUUUUGUACAUUUUUUUAUUUUUGGUCCUGGAUCACUUUUAGUUCGUCCGAAGGAGUAAAUUAUUAUCAUGUAGCAUAUUUGGGAGCUAUGUUGAGCUAUGGUGUUGUCAUUUAUAAAUCAUACGGCACACCUCGGCUUAACUGGGAAUAUUUCUAUAAGAUCAACAAAGACGAAAAUAUAUUUUAUCUUAUGCUAGCAUUCAUGUGGUUUAUGAGUACACCGGUUUUCGUCACACUCAUCCCAUAUGCAACAUUUUCGUUGUUCCAUUUCAUUACAUAUUUCCGAACAAAUAUUCUUCAAACAUUCUUUCCUCCACCACAUCCUUCCGGUCCUCCGGGGGCACAAAAUGAAUGGGUCAACAGAACUUCAAAGUAUAUUCAAGCAUGGGUGCAUAAUAAUUACGAUCAAGCCAUGAAGAUUGUUAGUUUCGUCGAAGUUGUAGUUAUCACAUCAUUUCUACUGUUUAAUAUAUUAACAUAUCAUAUGAAUCCUUACACUCGGGAAGUAUUUGAUACUGUUACGCAAUCCCUGGAUAGAAAGAUUUUAGGAAACCCAAGCGUUCCACCUUAUCUAAUGAAAGCAUAUCAACAUACGAAAUCAGCAGUGAUUUGGUUUGGCAAUAACCAUUCUAAUAUUCCCCAGAGUUCCAGGCGAGG